UUCAUGUUUUUCUCAAGUGCACACAUUUUGGUUCAUUUCGUUGGCUGUUUGUUGUUCUUCGGCCUGAAGAGGGAAGUGCUUCAGGGCUUUACAACAUGAAUAACAACUAUGAGGGGCGUGAAGCUGAUGAAGGAUCGGCAUCGGUUUCGCUUCCUUCAUCUAAUCAGACGGAGCGGGUUUCGAGCGAGCGAUCUGGGCUCACAGAAGCUGGGAAUGCAUUGCAGCAAAUAGAUGGCAUAUUAGAGCUCGACGUGUUUGACCAUUUGAAGAGGUUCAUUCAGCUUGGAGGAACGCCACAUCAAGUGAUCAGCUAUCUCAGCGAAUCUUACAGAGGUUAUCCAGAAAUGUGUAGACUGUUGGUGCAUUGGCUGAUGUUGACGGGGACGAAUGCGGAGGAGAUAACGGAUAUGGUGGAAGACCGCAUAAAAGAGUCAAUCAUUAACAGAUUCGACGCCAACAAAGUUGACAAGAUUUUUGAAUCGGAUCUAUGGCCCGGAUGGUUGGUGGAUAUGAUAGAGAAGCCCAAGUGGAGGCACUUAUUGUAUCAAUUGAGUGAGAAGAAUCGCGAUUGUUUAUUUUUGAAUUUUGGGAUUCAAAGAAUAUCUUUGACAGGUUACGACGACGAGAUCGCCUCUUUGCCGCUGGCGGCGACUUAUUUUAGCGUGUAUAAUAGGCUUAUGAUGAACACUAUUAGGAAGGCAUUGGAAGCUGAAAGUGAGAGCGAAUUAACAGAAAGAUUGACCAGAUUUUCCAAGUUAUGCGAUCAUGCGGAGCAUACGUUUUUGUAUACACACGCUAUUUUGUAUAGUUUAUUUGACAGACCGGGUGGUCACCGAGUGAAGCGUAUAGCUCAGCAAUUGGAUGAGAUUAGAAGGUCUAGAGGCUGGGAAGAGGACGAUGAUGGAUCUGGUAUGAGUUCGGAAAUAGCUCAGAUAGCUCAGGGAAUCAAGUUUCAUUUAUUGAAUAUCCAUGAUUACUCCGUUGUACAUUCGAGCAUUCAGGCCAUUUUGCUCAGCGAGACACCUAGUUCCGCAGAUGUCAGAAAGCUGUAUCAGGCGUAUUCGGAGAAGUUAUCGUCCUCUUUUUCAAAUUAUUCUUUAGAGUCUGCAUUACCGCCACCAGUUGAAUAUCUUCGAGAUCAAAAUUUGCUUCGGAAACUUGUGGUCGAAUUGUUUGAUCCGAUAAAACAAGUUUCUCCUGAUUUUGUUUAUUAUUACUGUUGGAUUCUUGCUUAUGCAUCUUGCUCGAAAGACCCGAGAUCGGUGACCUUUCGUUCCUCCGAGGUUCCUGACAUCAGUUUCUUUAACGGCAUGAAUGAUACAGUUGACGCGGUCGCUUCAUCUAUCAACGUAGUACAAGCCAUCUGCCAAAAAAAUUACUUUGGAUUCGAACUUGCUGGUUCACCAUCUGAUCAAAUUCUAGAAUUUCUACCCCAUCCCGUUAUCAGUAUCGGCGUCUUGCAUUGGAUCCGCGUCAACAUCUCUGAUCCAGAUCGACUCGCAACCUCCUGGAAUACUAAGUCACUGUCCACACAAUUGGCCAUAUGGCGAGAAAUCGUUGCCACACAUCCCCUUCAACGCUUCGAGGCACUUCAAGUCUUGAUUUCGGGGUUUGAAACUGAUCCCUCACUCGGACCUCUAGACGCCUUGAACCUCAAAAAACUGAUGGUCGAGACUCUUGUCUAUCUGGUGGAAUGUGGAUACGUCAUGCCUGUCAUCUCGCAAAUAGAAAAAUGGGCCCCAACCAUAGAUCCUUCUCUAACAAGACACUUCCUAACGUGUCUUCUUGAUAUCAUCUCACCUCCCUUCUCUCGUGCCUUUCUUAUUCCAAUCAUCUAUCUGAUCGCUCGUGUCCGCGUUCAUUCCUCGGAGCAGCCUGACGUUUUUCUGUCAUUUUCAGAGCAUAUCUUGAGCAAUGAAUCGUAUUCCCUUCCAGAAGAAUCCAUCAAAAUUCUUCAGAACUUGAAAGUGACCCAGUAAAACCUGAUUUUUUUCACUCAAAUUUGGCCAAAACUUUUUUUGUUUCUUCAUAAAUGGCAAACGUCAAUGCAGCACCCAAAGACGCCUUGAGUACAGACGGUACCAUUCCCUUGUAAAACGCCCUCAUACCCUCAUACUUGUAUACGUUCAUAGCAAUUUCCCUCACACUCGGCAUAGGUAUUUCGCCAACUCUUUCCACCGAAGCUCCAUUAUUCUGCCUAAAUCCCCACGUUUGGGCCCUCUUCUUCAACACAUCCAGCGGAAGAACAGAUAUCUUGGCUGCAACUCCAGCAAUAGAACCAGAAACAACAUGCCCAAACAAAUCUUCCUGUUUUUCCCUGAACCACGUCCUUUUGAUCUGAUCAUAUACGCCAAACUGAAUACCCAUCGAUGGCACCAAUGACAUCGCGGUCAGACUCCAUCCGUGGUACAACCCCCUGCACCUUUCUUUCUGGUAAAUCUUUCUAAACGUAUCCAAUAUUGAUGUGUAUACAGGCGGGUAUUGCACUGCAUAGCGGGUCCUCAACAAAUCCAACGGAUAGCUAAUCGUAAUCGAUAAAAACGCUGAAAGGCUCCCACUUAAAAAA